CAAUUAAUCAAGCAGCCAUCAACACCGGUAAACCACCAUUUGAACAAUAGCCACCUCAAAGUGCACACGACUUUCAAAAUGGCAGCGCCCAUGGACAACUCGAAUUACCUGCCGAAUUCAACGCUCAUUGAUGACUUAGAAUCAUCAUUCCUGAACUGCAUAACAUUGAUGACCAGCCAGGAGCCAUUCAAUGUCCAAGAUGCAGAGGAAACAAAAACAAGUGUUGAAAAUGCCAUGCAGAAGUUCUUGGAGUUAUCUAGACAGACCGAGGCAUUCUUCCUGAGGAAAAGAAUGCUGAUCAGUUUUCAAAAACCAGAGGAUCUUGUUAAAGAUGAGAUCAAUGACCUCAAGACAGAGUUAGCCCGUAAGGAGCAGCUUCUUGACAAACAUGCUGAAAAGUUGAAGCGCUGUCAGGUGUUGAUAAAGGACCGGGAGGGUGGCCCUCCUCUGCCCCCUCAGACGAUCCCUCAGCAGCAAGGGGCCAUGGGACCCCUCGGUGGACACCCCACCCCACCUCCACACUCGGGUCAGGCAAUGCUGAUGGGGUCUGGUCAGUCUAUGGGACACUUACCCCAAUACAGCCAGCAGUUGCAGAUGUCCCAGCAUGCAGGCCAGGGAGGUCUAGGUCAAGGCCAGGGAGGUCUAGGACCGGGCCAGGGGGGUCUAGGACCAGGCCAGGGGGGUCUAGGACCGGGCCAGGGACAGUACCAGACUUACCAGACCAGCAUGCACCCCUCCGUACAGGGACCAAUGGCUGCAGCAGGAAUGCAGCCCCUGCCUAUGGGUAUGGGCCCCAGACAGCAGCCCCCGCCCUCCUAUCCUCAGGGGCCUCUAGCCUACCUCGAGCAGACCACUUCCAACAUCGGUCUGCCAGACAGAAGAUAGCCUGCUGUUGAUAGGAACAAGCAAGAAAUAGUAGAAGUUAUGGUUUUAAGUCAGCGGACGCAUUCGUGAAAGACAGUGCCCAGAUGAUGCAAUACCUGUAUGUGACGUAUUUAUGGGAGAUUUGCUUGUUUUAUCUUGUAGAGACAUGUGCUGAAGAGACCCAUAAGAGACAAAAGGGAGACAAUGCAUGGAUGUGUUCAAUGGAGAAAAUUCAAUACAUGUUCAUGGGAGAUAAUCCCUGGAUGUGUGAAAGGGAGAAACUGUUGCCUUAGUCAGGGGGACAGUGCUUUAAAGAUUUCAGGAUACAACAAUAUUAGUGUUUAUUUAUGAGAGCAUGCAGAUUUAAUAAGGCUUAUUAAAUUCUUAAAUGCUAUCAACUAGGUUUAGAUCUAUACCACUAUUUCCUGCCCUGCUAGUCAAAUGAGCAGAGCUAUAAUGCGCCCGUUAUGUAGAAUUUUUAUUACAAUCACUAUGUAACCUCCCCAUAACCACCAGUUGAAUAGAUGAACCCAGCCCACUUAAAUCGUAUUAGGCCGGCGCGCUCGGGUUAACGUAUACCCUUGGCAGACAAAACAGUAGGGUCAUUCAUCAAACACUAGUAGUUGGUUGAAAUAUCAACAAACUUCAUUGUUACUGAAUAUUGUAUUGGUAUUCAUAUAAAACAAGUUUUAUAAACAUGGAAAUUCAAUUUUAUUAUGCAUAUGAUUAUUAUGUUCCAAUUGACAAUAUGGAUUAUGCUUGUAAGAUCCAUGUUCAAUGCAGUAUGCAUACAAAAAUUGCUUUGUAUAAAUUUGUACUGAAAAUAUUGUCAACGGCAAUAAAAUAAUAAAAUCAGAAUAAAACA